UCGCAAUUACAUAUCGCGUACGGGUCCUUUCUCGGUUCAAACCAAAUUUGCUUUCCAGAAAACCCUAGAAGCCAAUUUUGUGGAACCCCUUUGGAGAAAAGGAAAAACCCAUAGCCAACGAAUGAUAGUUGUCCUUCCAUCGAGCUUAAGCGUGCUUCAUUGAUGGCUACACCAUUGGUUACAGGACUUGCUGUUGCUGCUGCAGCUUACGCAGGCAGAUAUGGCAUUCAGGCUUGGCAGGCAUUCAAGGCAAGGCCACCAACGGCUCGACUGCGCAAGUUCUACGAAGGUGGUUUUCAGCCUACAAUGACGAGGAGGGAAGCAGCUCUAAUUCUAGGAGUUAGGGAGAGCACUCCAACAGAAAAAGUUAAAGAAGCGCACAGGAAGGUGAUGGUUGCAAAUCAUCCAGAUGCAGGCGGGAGCCAUUAUCUUGCUUCCAAAAUCAACGAGGCGAAAGACAUCCUGCUUGGGAAAACCAGGGGAAGCAAUUCUGCAUUCUGAUGGUAUCAAUGACUGCCGCCAGUUAUUUGCUCAUUUAGCAUAGCAUGUCUGAACAAAAUGCCUAGGAUCGCCAUUUUUCUAGCUUACCUGGUGUGCCAAAAUUUUGACAUAAUAUAAAUUUACUUGCGUCUGAUUGAUUAUUGGGGAUCUUAUUUGUAUACUUCAUACUUUGGAUUUAUUGACAACAAUGGGAAAUCCCGCAAGUUAGGCUGUGAUUGAUUGCUACUUAGCAAUAAUAAAUUAGUGAUACUUUUUUGAAGAAA